AUGACGGCAGACGAGACGAGGACGAGUUUCAAGCAGCUCGCUCAGGUUUUUCCGAGAAGCAAGACGAUUCAAUGUUAUGGCGCUGGGAUCCUGUGGAAAGUUUCUCUUUUCUCCCAAGAGUGGAAGGACAAGAUUGUAUCUCUUGACGGCAUUCGGAUUGUCUGUGAGUGCCUCAAAUUCAACAUUCAGUGCCACAAAUGCUGCCAGCAUUGCUGUUGGUUGCUUUCGUCCUUGGCAUACAAGAACUACUCUCGCUGCGAAGUAAUCGCACAGUGCAAUGCUAUCGAAUUGAUAACUGAUAUGUUGAAGUUGCAUUCAAAACAUGUAUACGUAUUAGAGGCCGGCUUCUCUGUACUCAACAAUCUUUCUCUCAAACGCGAACUGACGGGCAGCGACUCCAACGAGAUGAUGAUAGCCAAUGAAGAAUCGCAGCGGCGAAUGCAGAUAGACUCAUUGGGAGGUGUUCAACUUCUUGCAGAUGCCUUGCAAAUACAUAAGAACAAGAAAUUCGUUGUCAGAAAGGCUGUUAGUGCGCUAUCUUACCUUUGUAUUGGUGAGGAGGAAAUCUUUGAGAAGCUUAUUGAGCGUGGAAGUUUGAAAGAUAUCUUUUGCGUCCUGGAGACUCAUACCAAAGAUAAAAAAGUAUCCCGUAACUGCCUUGCUUUGUUGGGACACAUUUUGAACAAUCCGAAGCUCUUAUUACAAGUAUUGAGAGGUUACUCACAGAAUCCUGCUGUUCUCACUUAUUUUUAUGAGAUGAUUGCUCGUAAUUUGGAAACAGACAAAUUUGAUGAAGAUUGGAGGAAUCAGUUUGGGCAGCUCAUUUUGGAAAAUAUUGAAAUGGUCUUGUCACAUACGAGGUAG